CUAUGGCUACAACAACUACAGGAUACAGCAAACAUCAAUACAUCUAUUCUUUCACAACUUCUGGUCUUCUCAACCAUACAAACUCAUACACAAACCUGCCAAACGAUACUAGCACUACAUGCACUUGGAUUACAAACCUCAUGCAAUAAAAACAACUGGCCUCUUCCAAAAGAAUUCACUGGUACUUCAAUAAACCAGAUCCUUUUAUGCCACCCUAGAGCUUCUUACUUCAAAGAGAAACUAAACAACCACAAUGUCUUCAGUAUUGAACAAUUUUUAAAUACAACUAAUACUGAACUUCUAGAGUGGAAUAACUUUCACCACAAUAUCAAGAAAAUAUCUAGAGGUCGAUGUUUACGCUGGUUCUAUACAAUUCAAGACCUAAUAGCAGGUGCUACAAAUCCUUUAUCAAUAUCUCUACGUUUAAACUCUCAUACUUUAACUGACUGGACCCAUAACAAAAAAAGCUGA